ACUGGGCGAAAAAUGUCAUUUUCUUUGUUGAGUUGCACCAGAUACAACUACAGGAAUACACAAAGAAUCCAGGACAAAAGCAAGGAGAAAUACAGGAAACACGCAACUAAACGGAAAACGUAUAGGAGACAGGGAAGAUGCGGUACCAAUAACAGACGGGUUACGGCACAGCUAAAAGGCCACAGGGCCACGGUUGGAGGCGGUAGGGAAGGAGAGGUGCGCGAAAACGGAGGAUUACGCCGAGGAAGCAGACUUGAAAGCAAGGUUACGAACACAACAGUGGACUCACGGAAGUGCGCGUUGAACAACACGGGGGCGCAAGGUAACUUGGGCAGCAUACAUGAGUUACGAGCCCCGUCGCACGAAGGGGGCAACUUAAACUCCCAGCGGACAUUUGCAAAGCUGAAAGGUAGGUUAGGACCCAGGGAGGCUGACGUCCAUCAUGCUCCAUCAGCACUGCGGCAUUGCAGAGCGAGGUGGCCCCCUCUGGGCUGCCCUUUUGGAUCUGGUCACCAGCUGACCUUUAAUUUCUCACGAAGAUGCAAAGAGAAGCGCCGCAAGCUCGACGAUUGUUGCGCACAUGCGAUUUGCAAGGCAGAUCGAUCCACAAGGGAGGGAUCAGUAGCGUUACGGGCUUCUUAUAAGCUUCUUGGCCGGAUGGGGGUUUAUCACGACAGCGAUACCUUAUCUGGCGGGGCGUAGAGAGAAUUGAAUGGAUCAGCGACUCGCAACAGCGGAAGAGUCAGAAGGCCGCGGAAGUCGAAGCGAGACCUGCCAACAUU